AGUGCUGGGACAACCCCCACAUGUCAAGAGAGAGAAAAAGAAAGAGAGAGAAGAAGAAAGAGAGAGAAAGAGAAGGCUAAAGCAUUUUCUCUGAAUGUGACGAGAGAGAAGAAUUCAUUCACAGAAGUUGAAGUUGAUUAACUUUAGACUGACUUUAGACAAAUCAGAGAAUUGUGCCUUACAGAAAGCCAAACGUCUGAGCUAGACUUGGACAGGGAGGGAGGAGAGAAGGACCUAAUUUAUGGUUUGAGUGUCUGCAAGCCUGACUGCACUACAAGGAGUGGACCACAGACGAUCAGAAGGAAGACUGACCAUCUCUGUCAACCAUGGGCAAAUCAGCCUCUAAGGUGUUUUCUGAGGAGGUGUUGCGCACGCACAAUGACUACAGAAAGACACACCAGGCCCCUCCCCUCAAGCUCAGCAGCAAACUCAGCCGGGAGGCCAGCAGGUAUGCUGAGAGUCUAGCCAGCACGCGGAUCCUGAAGCACAGUGCUGAUUCCAGUAAGGGGAACUAUGGGGAGAAUCUGGCCUGGGCCUCCUAUGACCAGUCAGGGAAAGAUGUGUGUGAACGCUGGUAUAAUGAAGUGCAGCAGUAUCAUUUUAACCGCCCCGGCUUUACCUCUGGAACAGGUCACUUCACAGCGAUGGUAUGGAAGAGCUCAUGUAAGCUGGGUGUGGGGAAGGCAGUGGCGUCGGACGGCUCCACGUUUGUCGUGGCCCGCUACACCCCAGCCGGAAACAUCGUCAACCAGGGACACUUCGAAACCAACGUGCUGCCCGCCAGGAGCUGAGGAGAGCGUGGUCACACACACACACACACACACACACACAUACACUCACAGACACACACACACACAGACACACACCCACGCAGGGGAUAGGUGCGACAGACGAGGGAGUAAAUAUAUGACAUGAAGAGAAGUUGAAGAGAAGAGGAAGGGAAGAGAUGAAGAGAAGAGGAGGGGAAGAGAUGAAGAGAAGAGGAGAGGAAGAGAUGGAGAGAAGAGGAGGGGAAGAGUUGGUAAGACCAGCUGGUCAACAGGGAUGGAGUUUACUGUGGGGCAAGAGUGUUUUCCAACGCUGUUUGGAAUAUUACUGAGGCUUCAGUGGAACGGUGGUCCCUGAUCUGCCCGUGGUGAGGUGGAGUUCACCGCAGGAGACACAAGAUGCACUCUAAGUUCAGUGGUUCUCCAGACUACUCGCAAGGACAUUUGCAUUCAAUAAUGAAUGAUCGACUGCCUUUUAGAUGAAUUCUCUGCACUCAGUAUUAUAAAACACUCAGCAUUUCUUUCCUAUGAAAAACACUGAUAAUCUGUGUCGUUGAACUGUGUGCUUCAAUAGUAGGCCUAACAACACUAUUUCCAUGGAAACAACUGCUGAUAAGUUAGAACUUUUUUGACUGUGCAACAUUUUUUUUGAAAGCUUGAAUUAACCAUUACAGGAUUUGAAUUUCUCUGAGGGAGUAUAUAUGCUUCAAUGUAUGGAGUUUUAAGUAUUACACUGAUGUCAUUUCAUGUUGAAUAUUCAAACAUAUGCAUCAAGUUUUUGGCAGUGUUAUCUAUUUGAUUGUCACCCAUUCACCUACACAAAAAAAAAAUGUGUCACUGUUCUCACUUUGUAACAAAACUCAUUUACAAUGUAAUUUUUGAUUAAAAAAGUGCAUCAGAAGA